CACGUUUAGCAGAUGGGAAGCGAAAAUUCAUGAUAAUGCGAAUGUAGUUGUAUUUUGUGCAACAUGAAUGACUAGAUGUAAUUUGACUGACUACCGUGUCGAAUUAUAUACAGGCUAAUACAGCAACCGUAAGAACCGUGCGUUAUGGAGCGGGACGAGAAAGAACUAUGCUACCAAAUGCUCAAUCAGACCGGUCGCAGCUUUUCAAUGGUUAUUGCCACCCUUGGCGAUCAAUUCCAAUACUCAACGUGCAUUUUCUACUUGGUUAUACGCGCACUGGACACGGUCGAAGACGACAUGACUAUUCCGCUGGACACCAAACUUCUGCUGUUGCGCACCUUUCAACAGAAGCUGUAUGUUCCCGGGUGGAAUUAUCGCGAUAGCCGGUCAAAGGAUGCCGUUGUCCUCCACAAUUUUCACGUGAUCUCGUCGCAGUUUCGCCGGCUGGAUAAGGCCGUCCAAUGUGUUAUUAGCGACACGUGCCGGCGCAUGGCCGCGGGAAUGGCGAUCUUUCUGGAGAAAGGUUUCGUUAUUGACACAUUUCAAGAAUGGAACGAGUACGGUCGCUGCGCUUCCGGCUUGAUGUGCCUCGGUCUGACCCGUCUUCUGGAGCCAUUUAAGCCGAUUUCUUCCCAACGCGAACAGUUGGCCCAUUCCCUGGGCCGCUUUCUGCAGAAAAUGAACAUAAUCCGCGACUUCAAAGAGGACACUGAUGACCGGCGCCGUCUAUGGCCGCGGGAAGUUCUCGUACGCACCGGCAAUACGCAUCUUACUGUGGACGAUCUGCUCCAAAGAGCAAACCAACAAGCAGCGUUGCGGUGUCUCAACUAUCUGAUCGGUGAUGCCUUGACACAUCUUCCGGAUGUGCUGCUUUAUCUGAACGCGAUCCAAACACCCACUGUCUUCCCGUUCUGGGCCAUCCCGCAAGUCAUGGCCAUUGCCACACUAGAACGUUGCUACAAUAACCCGCAAGUUUUUGAGGGGAAAGUGAAGAUUCUUCGAGGCGGAACAGCUAUGAUAGUACAAAACUGCACUGACAUGGCAACCACAAAGGACUUAUUACGAAUCUACGCACUGAAGAUCGUGGCCAGAAUGGAGUGUGCAGGAUCGAGCGAUGAGGCUAAAGAUUUUCUGGCAGUUUUGAAGACAUCCGGCGUUUUGUACUCCGACUGAUAUUGGAACAGGCUAAGCAGCAGCAGGAUUUCGCCAGUCGGUGCCGGAAUGUCGAUAGUAAUGACUAUUAACAUGGAGGUAUUUUGUUGUAAAAGCAUUCUGUAUAAAAACAUCAAACUAAUUUGAAGUAAUUUCUUAACCUCACUAUGGAUAAGUUAGUACGGUACUUAUACAUACGCAUUAUGCAGUUGAUUAAUCUGGCCAAUUUUCAUCCGCUCCAACAAUAUUUACUGGUACCUUAAACUCACUAAUACUCUGUACUUCGCCAGAUUCUAAUAAUAUACAAUA